AUGUCUCGAGUACCUCAAAGAACUGGCACUACUCUCUACCAUGUGCCUCUAAUUAUCGAUGGCCGUGAAGAGACUGGUGAAACUACUUUCGAGGUGAUCAGUCCUUAUACAAACCAAGUCUGUUGGACAGCUGCGUGCGCUACCCCCGCUGACGCUGUUCGCGCUGUGGAAUCUGCCCAAAAGGCAUUCCCAGCGUGGGCAAACACCAAGCCGACGCUAAGGAGAGAUAUACUACUAAAAGCCGCUGAUAUACUUGAAUCACGACUUGAAGAAAAUGGUGAAUUCAUGCAGACAGAGAUGGGAGCCGAUGUCCCUUCUUCGACGGGUUUUGUCGUUCCCAAGGGAAUCAGCAUGUUGCGUGAUAUUGCUUCGAGGAUUACUGCAAUCUGUGGUAGUGUUCCAGUAGUUGAAACGGAAGGACAGAGCGCGAUUGUAUAUCAAGAACCCAUGGGAGUGAUCUUGGGUAUCGUUCCCUGGAAUGCGCCAUAUGUAUUUGGCGUCCGUGCCGCAGCGUCUGCUUUGGCAGGAGGAAAUACAACUGUGAUCAAGUCAUCUGAAUAUACGCCUCGAUGUUACCACGCCCUAUUGAGUGCUUUUCUUGAGGCUGGGCUUCCUGCUGGUUGCUUCAACUUGAUUUCAACCCGAGCUGAGGACGCAGCUGCUGUGGUAAAUAUCAUGAUAGAGCAUCCAGCAGUUCGGAAGGUCAAUUUCACUGGCAGCACGGCUGUUGGUCGAAAAAUCGCUGCCUUUUGUGGACAGCAUCUUAAACCGUGCUUGAUGGAGCUGGGAGGCAAGAACAGUGCGAUUGUCUGUGGCGAUGCCAAUUUGGAGACCGCUGCUCUGGCUGUGCUGAUGGGUGCAUUUCUUGUGAAUUCAGGACAGACAUGCAUGUCGACUGAUCGCAUCAUAUUACACUCCGCUAUCGCAGAAAAAUUCAAGAGCACUGUCGAACGGCUUUUAGACGAUAAUACAUCCGCAGCACCGCCUACGUUGGUCAGCAUGUCUUCAAAGGCGCGGGUCACUGGAAUAAUCACCAGUGCUCUCGCAGCAGGUGCAGAAGUCGUUCAUGGAGCGUUCAGCGAUGCCACCACCUCUCAGCCAGACUCAAGUGCGCCAAGAGUGAGCAUGACCCCAGUAGUCCUAGGAAAUGUAAGUCGGGACAUGCAUAUUUGGAAAGAAGAGUCAUUUGCUACCGUUGCCGCGUACAUGAUCGUCACAAGUGAUGAUGAAGCAAUCGAACUUGCCAACGAGGGCGGCUACGGGCUGUCGGUAUCAGUAUUCACAGAAGAUCUUCGCAAGGGACUGGCCAUGGCGAAGAAAAUCCAGUCGGGAGCCGUGCAUAUCAACAGCAUGACGGUUCAAGAUGAAGCGGCACUUCCGCAUGGAGGAGUAAAGAAUAGCGGAUGGGGGCGAUUCAACAGCGAAGAAGGAAUAAAGGAAUUUUUAGUCACUAAGAGCGUCACCUGGAUGGACUGA